GAGAAUUUCUACAGGAUCAAUCACAUUAACCAGACAUAUGACUUUGUGAAGAGGAUGAGGGAAGAGUAUGGGAAACUGAAUAGGAUGGAGAUGAGCAUAUGGGAGUGCUGUGAACUUCUUAAUGAUGUUGUUGAUGAGAGUGAUCCUGACUUGGAUGAGCCUCAGAUUGAGCACUUGUUGCAAACGGCUGAGGCCAUCAGAAAGGACUAUCCCAAUGAGGACUGGCUUCACCUUACUGGCCUCAUCCAUGAUCUUGGAAAGGUACUACUUCUUCCUAACUUUGGAGGGCUUCCUCAGUGGGCUGUUGUAGGGGACACUUAUCCUGUCGGCUGUGCUUUUGAUGAAUCAAUUGUUCACCACAAGGUAGUUCUUGUUUCUUAAAUUGUACACUAGUAAUUCAUCACAUUGAAAUUUUUGAGAAAAUGUCUUAUAAUGCCUGAUCUUUUGUGUUCUUUUCAUAGUACUUCAAGGAAAA